UCCAGCCCAUCCCGGAAACAGAAAACAGCAGGGCAGUGGCCGAAGACUGUUUACUAUUUUCCUUUAAUAGCGAUAGGAAAAAUAACACAUUUAAAUGAAAAUAAACAGUGAUUAAAUGCAGAGUCUUGUGCAUGACUCUCUAUUCACAUCCCAUUUGAGUCACCACAAUGACAGCCAUCAAGCACGCCCUCCAGAGGGACAUCUUUACGCCCAACGAUGAGCGUCUCCUCAGCAUUGUCAACGUCUGCAAGGCGGGGAAGAAGAAGAAGAACUGCUUCCUGUGUGCCACAGUCACCACAGAGAGGCCUGUGCAGGUGAGGGUGGUGAAGGUGAAGAAGUCAGACAAAGGGGAUUUCUACAAGCGACAGAUGGCCUGGGAACUGAGGGAUCUGGCUGAAGUGGAUGCAAAAGAUGCCAGCAAGGAGAACCCAGAGUUUGACCUCCAUUUUGAGAAGGUGUAUCGAUGGGUGGCCAGCAGCACAGCUGAGAAGAAUUCCUUCAUCUCCUGCAUCUGGAAGCUGAAUCAGCGUUACCUGCGGAAGAAGGUGGAGUUUGUGAAUGUCAGUUCCCAGCUGCUGGAAGAGUCAGUCCCCAGUGGUGAGAGUCAAAGUGUUGCCGGGGGUGACGAGGAUGCUCUGGAUAACUACCAGGAGCUGAAUGCCCGUGAGGAGCAAGACAUCGAGGGCAUGAUGGAGGUGUGCGAGUACGCCAUCUCUAACGCUGAGGCCUUCGCUGAGAAACUCUCCAAAGAGCUACAGGUUCUGGAUGGGGCCAACAUCCACUCCAUCAUGGCAUCUGAGAAGCAGGUGAACAUCCUGAUGCAGCUGCUGGACGAGGCUCUGUCAGAGGUGGACACCAUCGAGGGCAAGAUGAGCAGCUAUGAGGAGAUGCUGCAGAGCGUCAAGGAGCAAAUGGACCAGAUCUCCCAGAGCAACCGCCUCAUCCAGAUCAGCAACACCAACAACGGCAAGCUCCUGGACGAGAUCCAGUUCCUGGUGAACUACAUGGACCUGUCAAAGGGACACAUCAGGGCCCUGCAGGAAGGAGACCUUUCCUCCUCCAAAGGCAUUGAGGCCUGUAUCAAUGCCUCUGAGGCUCUACUGCAGUGCAUGAACGUGGCACUCAGACCAGGUCAUGAGAAACUGAUGGCUGUGAAGCAGCAGCAGCACCUGUUCACUGAGCUCAGAGAUACCUUUGCCCGGCGCCUCACCAACCACCUCAACAACGUGUUCGUCCACCAGCCCUUGUUAAUUCCCUGUGCUGCCUACGUCCAGGGCCAUGACCAAAGCUCCGUGCUGUCCCAGCACAUGGCAGAGCUGACCCUGCCUAAACACAGCCCCCUACACAGGGACCUGCUACGUUACGCCAAGCUCAUGGAGUGGCUGAAGAACACCCAGAGAGAGAAGUACGAAGGCCUGUCCAGGACUUAUGUUGAUUACAUGACCAGAUUAUAUGAACGAGAAAUCAAAGAUUUCUUUGAGGUGGCGAAGAUCAAAAUGGCGGGCACAGCCAAGGAGGGGAAGGGAAAUAAGUUUGCCACGCUUCCGCGGAAAGAGAGUGCUCUCAAACAGGAAACGGAAAGCCUGCAUGGCAGCUCCGGGAAGCUUACAGGCUCCACCUCCAGUCUGAAUAAGCUGGCAGUGCAGGGCUCCAGCAGCAGGCGCUCCCAGUCCUCCUCACUGCUGGACAUGGGAAACAUGUCUGCCUCAGACCUGGAUGUGGCCGACAGGACCAAGUUUGACAAGAUCUUUGAGCAGGUUCUUAGUGAGCUGGAGCCUCUCUGUCUAGCAGAACAAGACUUCAUCAGCAAGUUCUUCAAGCUACAGCAGCACCCCACCCUGGCUCAGGGAGAAGUGGAGGAAUCGGAUGGGGGGGUGCCCUCCAGACAGCCACCUCCAGGGGAGUACAGACACUUCAUAUCAUCGACUGAGAAGGACAUGGUGCGGUUGAUGAUGAACAAGGUCUUCCAGAGCAUUGAGACAGAACUUAACAGCCUCAUCGCUCUGGGAGACAAGAUUGACAGCUUCCACUCCCUGUACAUGUUGGUGAAGAUGAGUCAUCAUGUGUGGACGGCAGAGAAUGUGGACCCCGCCUCCUACCUCAGCACCACCCUCGGCAACGUGCUGGUCACCGUCAAAAGGAACUUUGACAAGUGCAUUUCGGGUCAGAUCAGACAGAUGGAGGAGGUUAAGAUCUCUAAGAAGAGCAAGGUGGGCAUCCUGCCCUUUGUCGCUGGGUUUGAGGAGUUUGCUGAGCUGGCUGAAACCAUCUUCCGUAAUGCAGAGCGCAGAGGAGAUCUGGACAAGGCAUAUGUCAAACUCAUCAGAGCUGUCUUCAUGAAUGUGGAGAAAGUGGCCAAUGAGAGUCAGAAGACGCCCUGUGACGUGGUGAUGAUGGAGAACUUCCACCACAUCUUCUCCACACUGUCCCACCUUAAGAUCUCCUGCCUGGAGACAGAGAGGCGAGAGGCCAAACACAAAUACACAGACCACCUGCAGUCCUAUGUCAUCAACUCCCUGGGACAGCCCCUAGAGAAACUCAAUCACUUCUUUGAGGGAGUGGAGGCACGUGUGGCCCAGGGCGUACGUGAGGAUGAGGUGAGCUACCAGCUGGCGUUCAAUAAACAGGAGCUGCGUAAAGUGAUCAAGGAGUACCCCGGCAAGGAGGUAAAGAAGGGACUGGACAACCUGUACAAGAAGGUGGACAAGCAUCUAUGUGAGGAGGAGAGCCUGCUACAGGUGGUGUGGCAUUCCAUGCAGGAUGAGUUCAUCUGUCAGUACAAGCACUUUGAAGGCUUGAUUGGCCGUUGCUACCCUGGGUCUGGAAUUACCAUGGAGUUUACCAUUGGAGACAUGUUGGAGUACUUCUCAAGCAUUGCACAAUCACAUUAAUUGUGUGUGUGUGUGUACUGAACAAAAAUAUAAAUGCAACAAUUUCAAAAACUUUACUGAGUUAGUUCAUAUUAGGAAAUCAUUCAAUUUAAAUAAA